CUCCUAGGCUGUUUCCUGCUUAUGUCCAUCUUGACAAACUUAAUAUCACCAACAUUACUAAUAAGAGUCGAUAAUUCAUAAUUGUUUCAUAUCAUACAAUCUCCUUCAAUUCUUCUUCCCUUCUCUUUCCUUCCCUUGGCCUAUAUAUAUCUUCCUAAAGUCCAAAUGACCAGAAAGCAUAAGCACAAGGUCUCCCUAACUCUUCCCAGCUCUUCAUUCUCGUAUGUCUAAAACCAUGAUCUCACGUUCGGUUCUUUCCUCCAUCAAAAACUUUCCUUCCUUUUCCUUCCAUCCAAUCGCCACCCAAAUCCCAACUCUAGAGCCCCUUUCCUCUUCCUUUCCGUUCUCCACCCAGCAACCAACAGCCCCCAUUUCCCCUCCACUUUUCAAACUAACCCACAAAGACUGGCUCUCCCCAAACGAAAUCCUCAAGAUCUUCGACAACCUUAAAGAACCAACCUCCGUCAUUUCUGUUCUAAACCAAUACUCAGCUCGCAAAGAUUACAAACCAACCGAACCUCUCUUCACUCUUGUCAUUAACAAACUGGCCGAUGCCCAGGAUUUCGAUUCCAUUGAAAACAUCAUGGAAAAGCUCAAACACAAAAAACCUUGCAGUUUAUCCGAUGAUUUCUUCCAAAAUGUAAUAAAAAAAUAUGGGCAUUGUGGUGGUCGGAUAAAAAGGGCGAUUGAGACCCUUUUUAGUAUGCCAGACCAUGGGACUUGGCCUACUGUCAAGACCUUCAAUAUCAUUUUGAGCUUGCUCGUAGCUAAUAAAUUGUUCGAUGUAGUUCAUGAGAUUUAUGGGAAAGCUCCCAAGUUGGGUAUCGAAAUUGAAGCCUGCACUUUGAAUAUACUUAUUAAAGGGUUAUGUGAAAAUGGGAAAUUAGAAUCGGCAUUCAAAGUGCUCGAUGAAUUUCCUAAACAAGGGUGCAAGCCUAAUGUUAGGACUUUUUCGACAUUAAUGCAUGGUUUGUGCGAAAAGGGGAAGGUUGAUGAAGCUUUUGAGUUGAUGGGGAGGAUGGAAAAGGAAGGAAUCGAGGCGGAUGCAGUUAGCUUUAAUAUUUUGAUUUCGGGACUAAGGAAGCAAGGCAGGGUUGAAGAGGGGGUGAAGCUUUUGGAGAAGAUGAAAAGAAAAGGGUGUUACCCGAAUGCGGGGUCUUAUCAAGAGGUCUUGUACGGUUUGCUUGAUGCUGGGAGGUUUAUGGAGGCGAAAGAGUUAAUGGGGAGAAUGAUUUUGGAGAGGGUGAGUCCGAGUUUCGAUUCGUACAAGAAGUUGAUUCAUGGUUUUUGCAAGGAGAAGCUGGUAAGGGAAGUUGAUUGGGCUUUGAAACAGAUGGUGCAACAAGGCUUUGUUCCUAAGAUGGGGAUGUGGACACAAAUGGUAAAAUGUGUUUUCCAUGGGAGUAACACUGGUGACUCUCUUUCACUUCCUGAAAUUGUAAAUGGCUAGUGCUGCCUUUGGACAUUUUCUCAUAUUUGAGUUGUAACAUAAGACAAUGAAAAUUUUCUGAACGACACAC